GCCUGAAAUCAAUGCGGUCCCACACACACACACACACACACAGAGAGAGAGAAAUCUGCUUUAUUUAUCUGCGAUUUAUGCCUUUAAUAACACUUACACUCACUUACCGGACUGGAAGAGCGUUAGCGGAUAUCAUAAAUGCUCCACUGCUCCAUUAGCUUGAUAGUGGGUCGCUAACCUUUCCACUGCAGACUGAAAGAAAAGUUUCAGGUAGUAGUGAAGGCAUUCCUGUGAUUCCUGUGACUGAGCUGGAUACAAAGCCAAACCUGACUAGUCCAGCAUUUACAGAAACAGCUGCUCAUACACAGUUAUAGAUUAGCCAACUUAUUUAAACGCGCCAGAGAAAGAAAGCCUGUUUCCUAAAUUCCCUCAGUGAUGUGUAGAGAAGAUUACAUUAGUGGAGGAAUUUAAGCACGUAGUAGCACGUUUAAGCCGUUCAGGCUGACGGUGAGAACCAGCGCUUCAGACACAAACCUCAGGAUAUUUGUGUGACCCAAAAUCAUCAAACAGAGAAAUGUAAAGCUGUAUUCUUAACCUGGCGUAAUGAGGUCCUGUGUGUGGCUAACAGCCAGAGGUUGCCAUGGAGUCCUUUGGGCGGCAAGAGUUUUUGCAGUAUUUGGCAGAGGGCUGCAUUUUACCCACAGCGCAGCAGGGCCUGGAGCAGGUGUGGCAGCUACUGCUGGUCUGCUUGCUGUGCCGGAUCGUCUGCAGACUGGGUAUUCCAGUUCAUGUGAAGCAGCUGAGUUCAUUAACAGGAGGCCUGUAUGUGCUGUAUGUGUUCUUUGAGCUGCACAUGGUAUGGGUGAUCAUACUCAGCCUCCUCUGCUUCCUCAUCCUCUUCCUCUGCCGAAAGUCCAGCAGCCGAGGGGUUUUUCUUUCGCUCGCUAUCCUCAUCUACAUGCUCCUGGGCGAGCUGCACAUAAUAGAUCCAGAGACUUGGCAUAAGAUGAGGGGCUCGCAGAUGGUGGUGGCCAUGAAGGCCAUCUCUCUGGCCUUUGACCUCGACCGAGGGGCUGUGUCCUCCUUUCCUACGAUGCUGGAGUUUCUGAGCUACGUCUGCUUUGUGGGAACGGUCAUCUUUGGCCCAUGGAUUAGCUUCACUAACUACAGAGAUGCUUUGGAUGGCCGCAAAAUGAGUGUUGCUUGGUUUGGCAAGGUUGCCUUGAGUUUUGUGAAGAGUCAGGUUUGCCUGGUCAUUUCCACCUGCAUCGCUCCUUAUCUCUUCCCUUACUUCAUUCCCAUCUAUGGAGAUGGGCUUCCUCGCAGGUGGCUUCAUGCAUAUGAGACCGCAGUGUCUUUUCACUUCAGUAACUACUUUGUUAGCUAUCUGAGCGAAACAACCAUUGUUAUGGCUGGGGCUGGAUUUUCUGAGCACAAAGACCACCUCAAAUGGGAUAUAACAGUUGCAAAGCCGCUCAAUAUUGAAUUGCCCAGAUCAAUGGUGGAGGUGGUCACCUCUUGGAACCUGCCAAUGUCUCGCUGGCUGAACAAAUAUGUCUUCAAGAGUGCUCUCAAACUUGGUACAUUUCCUGCAAUCUUGGUGACCUACACAGCCAGCGCUCUGCUUCAUGGUCUCAGCUUCCACCUGGGAGCAGUGCUGUUGUCUCUGGGAUUCGUCACAUACGUGGAGCAUGUUCUUAGAAAAAGACUGGCCACCAUCUUCAAUGCCUGCAUCCUAUCUAAACACUGUCCAAGUGACUGCCAGCAUCAGAACAAAAAGGCUGUGUGGGUGUACGGGACGAACCUGUUCUUCAGCGCAUUGUCCAUUUUUCACCUGAUAUAUCUGGGCUCUCUCUUUGACCUGGAUGCUGAGGAUGAGAAGGGUUACAUGGCUAGUUACACCAUUCAGAAAUGGUCAGAACUGAACUGGGCCAGCCAUUGGGUGAUGUUAGGGAGCUGGGUCUUCUACUGGCUCAUUUAAAGAUGAGUGUGAAAACGUGGAUCAAGACGAUGACACUUUUCGCUCCUAGGACACAAAUCCUGGCAGAUUUUAAGCAGAACUACAGUGGACUGCUUUUUUCAGUGAUCCUGAGUUGCAGAGAUCCCUUGAGCCACAUCAUUCCUGCUUUCAUGCUUUAUAUUGACAUUGUCAUACAGAUUCUUGAUAUUUACUCUUCCACCACAUACUGUAUACUGUAGAUCUGAGACAUCUAGAUGAAAUAGGUGAAAAUGCCUUACUUGUUUUUGUUACAACUUUUUAUAUGUUACCAAGAUAGCUUACGUUUCUGUAAAGUUAUUUAUUGUUUUCUAAUAAAACCUGUUAGACAGUU